UUUUAAUCCACAUGAAUGUUUUAGUGGUACAAAGUGCUAAUCAAACAACAAAUUACAAGAAAAAGUGUAAAUACAAAGUUAUAGCUCCUAAACACAUAUUCAGUGAUGGACGUGCAGCUUUAUAAUGUGAAGAAGACCGAAUAAGAAGACUAAAUCAAUCUUAAUUAAUCAUUUGGAUUUAUAGUAAAAGGAUGUUCCAUAUUGUUCUGUGUGCAUUGUGCUGUGAAUGUGUGGGUGCCGUACCAGUCCUUUCCCUGGACCAUGCAAGAGAAAACACCAAACAUAGGCAGUAUAAAAAGCUUGGGAAGCAUAUGGAAUCUCUCCAACGGAGACCAUGGGCAAGAUUGUUUUUUACGAGGACAAAAAUUUUCAAGGUCGUAGUUAUGAGUGCAGCAAUGACUGCACAGACCUGCACACUUACUUCAGUCGCUGCAACUCCAUCAGAGUAGAGAGUGGCUGUUUUAUGAUCUAUGAACGUCCAAAUUAUAUGGGCCACCAGUAUUUUAUGAAACGAGGCGAGUAUUCUGACUACCAGAGAUGGAUGGGCUUCAGUAGCUCUAUUCGAUCCUGUCGCCUGAUUCCAAUGUACAGGGGACCGUACAGACUGAGGAUCUAUGAGAAGGCUGACUAUGGAGGUCACAUGAUGGAAUUCACAGAUGACCUCCCCUGUGUGUCUGAUCGUUUCCACCAUCGACAUGUGUACUCCUGUAACGUGAUGAAUGGCUCCUGGAUCUUCUAUGAAUAUCCCAACUACAGAGGGAGACAGUACUUCCUGAAAGCUGGGGAUUACAGGAGAUACCGAGACUGGUGUGCUACCUGUGCAAUUGUGGGCUCCUUCAGACGAGUCACUGAUUAUUAGCCAUUCUGCUUGCACUUAUUUAUACGAACUGUUCAUUUCCUGUUUAUAAACAUAAGUAUUUAUAAACAUUUAGAUUGUUCACUUCUUGUGCCUGGACAUAAAAAACAAACAAACAAACAAACAGAUAAGAAUAAAAUGAUAUUUGUAAUAAAGU